AUGCGUACGUCUGUGAAGUGGUCGGAAACAUCGGUAGAUGGAAAUGAUGCUCGCUCCCCUAUUUACAGCCUCUGCUACAGUCCAUCAGGGGACACCAUUGUGGCCUCAUGUGGUGUUCGAGUUUUAAUAUAUGAUGCCACCACAGGAGCCGUGAUUCAAUCACUCAAAGGGCACAGUGACACUGUGUAUGCUGUCAGUUACUCACAUGAUGGUAAAACUUUUGCUAGUGGUGGAGCAGAUAAAACAGUCAUUGUUUGGAGCAAUAAAGGUGAGGGUGUACUUAAGUAUCAGCAUAAAGAUUCUGUACAGGCUUUGGCAUUUAACCCAGUAAAAGGACAUUUGGCUUCUAUAGCUAAUUCAGAUUUUGGUAUUUGGUCACCUGAUCAAGCAAAGGUGGGAAAGAGUUCUUUGCCUUCUAAGGGGCUUUGUGCUUCUUGGACUCGAGAUGGACGUACAGUUGCUGUUGGUUUAUUUGAUGGUACUGUCGUUUUAUCAACUGCAGAUUUAUCAGAAAGAUUGGUAAUUCAACGAAAUGCACCCGUAUGGACAUUAGCUUUUUCUCCAGCAACAUCAAAUGGUAUGGAUAUUCUUGUUGUAGGAACUUGGGAUCAACGAAUUGCAUUUUAUAAUACUCAAGGAAACCUAGUGGGUAAGGAAAAAGAACUUCCUUGUAAUCCUUGUUGUAUUUCAUUUUAUAGUAGAGGUGAAUUUUUACUUAUUAGUGGAUGUGACCACAAGGUAGCACUUUAUACAAAAGAUGGAAAUAUGCUUAUUAGUGUAGCUGAAGCAGAUGAUUGGGUAUGGUGUGCACAACAACGACCAAAGAAUAUGCAAAUAUGUUGUGGAACAAAUGAUGGAAGUAUUAGUACUAUUGAUAUAUCUGUUUUAGCAGUACAUAGUAUUUAUCAUGAUCAAUAUGUUUAUCGUGAUAAAAUGACUGAAAUUGUUGUUCAUCAGUUAACUUUGGAUAAAAAAUUACGUAUUCCUUGUAAUGAUUAUGUUCGUAAGUUAGCUAUGUAUAGAGAUCGUCUUGCCGUUCAACUUCAAGAUCGAUUUGUUGUAUUUGAAAUUUUUUAUGAUGAAGAAAGACAAAUGCGAUUUCAAGAUAUUGCACAUAUUCGAAAAAAAUUGGAUUGUAAUCUUCUUUGUGUAACUUUCAAUGCAAUAUUAAUAUGCCAAGAUCGUCGAUUAACUAUGUAUGAUUUUCAAGGAAAUAAAAGACGAGAAUGGUCUGUUGAAAGUUCAGUUCGUUAUAUUAGAGUUAUUGGAGGUGCAGAAGGAAGAGAAGGACUUUUACUUGGUCUUAAAAAUGGUGUAACCUUACGAAUUUUUGUAGAUAAUCCUUUUCCUACUACUCUUGUGAAAGUAAAUGCUCCUGUACGUUGUGUUGAUAUUAGUUGUACUCGCAGAAAAUUAGCUGUUGUUGACGAUAAUGGACUUUUACAGGUAUUUGAUUUAAAAAAAGAAAAUGAAAUUAUUUUUACAGUUCAAGACGUUUUAUCAGUAUCUUGGAAUACUGAAUAUGAUGAUAUUAUUGCCUAUACUACACUUGGAAAUACACUUAAUAUCAAAACAGGAUCUUUAUCUCCGUAUCAACAAAAAAUAUCAGGUUUUGUUGUUGGAUUUAAAGCUAAUCGUGUAUUUAAUCUUCAUAUUACUGCUAUUGAUAUUGUGGAUGUUCCUCAUUCACAUGCACUUUAUCGCUAUGUGGAAAAGAAAGAUUUUGAGUCUGCUUAUGCUAUUGCAUGUCUUGGAGUAACGGAAGGAGAUUGGAAAAUGCUUGGUAUUCAUGCUAUGACUCAAUUAAAAUUGGAUAUCGCUAGAAAGGCAUUUAUUCAUAUUCGUGAAGUAAAAUUUGUAGAACUUUUAAAUCGUCUUGAGUUACAACAAAGGCAAAAUGCUUCUAAAAAUAAUAAUGAUAACAGUGGAGAAGAUGGUCUUCUUAUGGGUACUAUACUUGCUUUUCAAGGUAAAUAUCAAGAAGCGGCUCGUUAUUUUGUUAAAUCAGGACAUGAAGAAAAAGCAAUUGAAAUGUUUUGUGAUUUAAAAAUGUGGGCAGAAGCAAAGAAAGUUUGUAGUAAUGAAUUACAUUUAAAAGAGUUAAUUCGACAACAAGCACGAUGGGCAGAAGAUUCACAAGAUUACAUGGAAGCUGCUUCUUUAUAUAAAGCUUCUGGAGAUAUUGGUAAAGCAAUUGAAAUGACUCGAUGUUCAGGUCAAGUAGAAAAAUUAAUGGAAAUGUGCCGUUCAUUACCAAAAUCAGAAGUUGCCCUUAUUACAGAAUGUGCAGAUUAUUUCAGAAAACAUGAUGCUAUGCAAUACGCUUUAGAAGCGUAUGAAAAAGUUGGAGAUAUACGAGCUCUUAUUUCUCUUCAUGUAGAGAUGGAAGAAUGGCGUCCAGCUUUUGCCUUAUUGGAACGAUAUCCACAAUAUGUUCGUGAACUUUACGUUCCUUGGGCUAAUUGGUUAGCAGAAAAUGGAAAUUUUGAAGAAGCGCUUGAGGCUUAUAGUGUAGCGAAAUGGCCUAAGGAAGCUGUUCGCUUACUAGAAUCACUCGCAGCUAACAGUGUUAUUUGUCGAAAAUAUCGUGAUGCUGCUUUUUAUUAUAUUUAUCUUGCUAGAGAAUAUGGUGUACUUGAAGAUGGACAACAAUUAACACAGGAACAAUGGGCUAGUCGUAUAAAACUUAGCGCUGAAUGUUCACGUAGGGCAAAUAUUUACUAUGCUUAUCAUUUUGUCUAUUCUCACGUUACUCAACCUUUUCCCUAUAAUGAAUUGGCAUUAUAUAAUUUAUCUCGUUAUUUGAUUUCCAUAAUCAGUUCUGGUUCCGUUCCUCUAAAUGUAGGGAGAGGUGAAGUACUAUAUACACUUGCUCGCAUUGCAAAUCAAUUAGAUAUGGUACGUAUUGCACGUAUAGCAUAUGAAAAGCUGCAAAAUGUAAUACUUCCCCUUAGAAUUACAGAGCAAGUGGAUGUUGAUAGUUUACUUAUUCGAAGCAAAGCAUAUACAGAUAGAGAAGAAUUAUUGGAUAUUUGCUAUCGUUGUAAUCAAACUGUACCACAACUUACUUAUCCAGGAGAUUGCUGUCCAGGUUGUGGACAUCCAUUUGUUCGUUCUUUUGUUAAUUUUGAAAAUCUUCCCCUUGUAGAAUUUGUACUCGCAAACAAUGUAAGUGAUGCUGAGGCUGAACGAAUUAUUUUAACAGGUGCAGGACGUAAAUCUACGGAUCAACAAGGGGGUGGUCCAGAUAAAAACAAAAAUGGAUGGAAAGCUGGUAAUGGGGCUGAUGUUAUUACCUUUGCAGAAGAAGAUGAUAAUAUUGAUGCUAUGAUUGAACAACAAAUGAUGGCUAUGGGAAGAGGUAAUUUAAAUGGAAAAGAUCCUUUCCAGGCACAAUUGGCAUACGUGACUCGACCUGGUCGUGGAAACGGGGAAUAUCAACCAUUUGUAGUUAAUGCGGAAAUGCUUUCUCACAUGCGUCGGGAUGAGGUGUUUAUUGUUAAACCCGGGUAUGGUACACUACCUGUGCAAAAUAAGUAUUACCGCGUGGUGAAUCAAAGUGUUGGAGUUUUUCUCUGCCCGAGAUGUCAACACUUCUUUAAAGCGGAUGAUUACGAGUAUGAGUCUUUAAAAGGCAAUGGGUGUCCCUUGUGUCGCCAUAAAAUGGGUCAGAAACAACAGCGACCCAUUAAAAAAGUUCUCGAUGAUGUUUUGGGAACAGAAAAUUAG